AAUAAUAUUAUUUUACCAGUAAUACUCAGUAACAUUUACAUUUCAGAAAGCAGACUAAAGUGGAAACAAAAUGAAGUUGUUUGCAGUCGUUCUUCUUGCUGUAUCGGCUAUAGCCGAGCCACCAGUUAACAAUAGAUACCUACCUCCUUCUCAAUCUUAUGGAGUACCAGGCUUUGGUGGACAACGGCAGACGGAUGCUAUUAUCAGCAGAAGUCGCCCAUCAUCGUCAUACAACGCCCCAAGAAGACCUUCAACUGAGUACGGGCCACCAAGUCAAGCGCUCUCCACACAAUAUGGUCCACCAUCCCAGCUCUCAAACCAGUACCUUUCGCCUAGUGCCAGAAUAACUCAGCCCUCAACACAAUAUGGCGCUCCUAACCAAGGUUUUGGUACUGACAUCACGUAUGCUACACCUUCGCAAGAGUAUGGGGCACCCGGUUUUGGAUCUCGAGGCAGCAACCGUUUCUCUCAAAACGGAUUUGAUUCAAACUCUGGAUACAACAGGGCUCAAAACAGACAAUAUCUACCUCCUAACCAGAACGGAUACGGCUCUGAUGAUGGUAGUAACAGCGAGCCAGCCAACUACAGCUUUGAAUAUAUGGUGAAAGACGAGCCAUCCGGCAAUGAUUUUGGUCAUCGUGAGUCCAGGCAGGGCGACAGAGCCGAGGGAUUGUACUAUGUGCUGCUCCCAGAUGGCAGAAAACAGACUGUCGAAUACGAAGCCGACCAAAAUGGAUACAGGCCCAAGAUUUCUUACCAAGACGUUGGUGUAGGCGCUGGAGGUUACAACAGAAACGCCCAAAGCGGUUAUUCAGAUGGUGGUUACCAGUAUUAAAUGGUACACCAACCUGAUAGAUCUCUCUGAAGGUAGUUCUUUUGCAUUGACAAUUUAGAAAUUAUAUCUAAAAUUUAAUAGUUUCAUUAAAUUAUAUAAAAUAAAUAAGAAAUAUAUCUUCAAAAAAAACUUAUGUAUUCGUAAAAUCUAUUAAAUACAUAAUAUUGUAUUAUUAUGAAUGUAAUUAUUGUCCAUACUCAUACCACCAAUUAAUAAGGAAAAGAAAUCGAAUACUGAUUAAAAGUACAAAUUAUAAUUAGAUUUUUACGACAGAGGCUAUGAUAAUGGAUUGCGAGUAUUUAUUUAGUUUUAAUUAUAAUAUACUAAACUAAAAAUGGCUAAAUUGAUUGGUCUAAUCUGUGGAAUGAACUUUAUUGAUAAAGUUUAAUCACAGAUUAGAACAAAAUACAUUUUGCUUUUAUUUAGUCUGUGUAUGUUGUCAUUAGGCCAGUAUUGCCAAAUUAAUAUUAAGGCUUUGUACAGAUAUUUUUUUAAUAAAAGACGCUUUAUAAAAUA